AAAUCCAGCCAAAUUUCGCCAAACAAAAACAAAAAUCUGCGUCGUAAACAAACAUUUUUCAGCUGUUUCCUUUGUGAACAUCCGAAAACGAUGGUUUUCGUUUCGGAAUGAGUGGCCACAUAUCGGACAGAGGCACCAACGGAAGCGGAAACGGCAGCAACGACAGCAAUAGGAACAACAAACGGCUUCGUUUAUCCCAAUCUCGAACAGGCUCAGAAUCCGCCACCGUAGACCGUGGGGCACCUGCGAUGGCUGCAGGUUCGUCUUCCAAUUUGCAGGAAAUCGAUCUGGCCGGAUGGCAGAAGACCCAGAUAGCGGUCUGCACCCUGGAAAAUACGGUGAACAUCGUAGUAGAAAAUUAUCACCGGUUCCUGGAGGCUCACCAGCUGGCAGACAAUCGUGGCGGGGAUGCUGAGGAGCAGGACAGACUACAGUACCUGUGGAAUUUGGAUGCGAGAACGGCCGAAAUGGAAACCGACCAGGAAGUGUUGGUAGAGGAUCAGGCUAUUCUGGCCGCUAUCAGCGAACAAGGUUUACAACCAGCAAGAGCAAUCGCUGUCGCAGGGGAUCCAUCAAGUUCCGGCAGUAUGGCCGGGUUGCUACCGAUUGAUGGUAGCACCCGCCGGAUAGACGAUUUUAAUCCGGAAGUCGAAUUAGUUCCAGAAGCUUUAAACAACCAUACGGGUAUUGAUUUUCUCGAAACAGCUGUAGCUGCUGCGAUCCAGGAGAAGGGCCUAACCAGUGCUGGUGGUCAAUUUUAUCAGGGAGACAUGGAAGAUGACGAUGGGAGGUAGUGUUGAAUGUCUCUCGGCAGAUUAAAUUUAUCUUACCAUUAACUAGCUUCGAAGCAGAGGAACUUCGACAUAUUACUUUGCGAAUAAUUAAAUCAACCACGUGUUAGAUUAUAAGAUGUUUCUUCUUUUAUUGGUUUAGUUAUUUAAUAUUUUAUUUCUUUAGAACCACGAAAGGUUCAAAACUUUCUAGUUGAGUGCUUACAAAUACAUUACUCCCGUAUAAACAAAAUAUUAGCAAAUAAACGAUCGUACUACAGUGUGGAU